AUGGAGUAUGAGAGCUAUUGUGGUGCCACACAGUUCACAAUGGUUUUUGCAUUAAUGGAAAACACCCAAACCAAGUGAGGCCACUUUCCUCUCAUUGUCAGUAUUUCUCAGGUUCUAUAUUUCUGGCAAGUAACCUGGAUGCUUGAUAGUCAGCCUCCUAGGGAAUGGGAGAAUUGGUCUUGCUGAAGAAAUGUGUACUGCCAUAGAAUAUUACCACUUAAAGGAAUGUUAUCACAUUCUGUUGCUAUGGCACAUAGCACUAUAGAAACAGGGGGAAUACCAGAUGGAUUGGGAUGGACUUGCCCAAGUAUGGUUUGCUCCCAGACGACCAGAACUAUUUUGAGUGGAUAAGAUGAGCCAUGGAAUGGUAGCACCAAAGAGCAAUACAGCAUCACCACUUGCCUUGACUGGUUAUGGAUUAUUUCUUCAAUUCAUUAUCUUCAGUAUUUUCAUCGUGGAGGGACUGGCCUCAGUUUGCCCCCGUCCACCGGAGCCUGAGAAUGGAGGCUACAAAUGCCAUCCAACGCCUUGCAGUGACCCUCUGACAUCCGACAGCGUCAUAGAGUAUGUGUGUGAUGAAGGCUACAUGCUAAAGGGAGAUUACAAAUACUUGACAUGCAAGAAUGGAGAAUGGAAUCCAGCCAUGGAAAUUAGCUGUAGGCUAAGCCAAGAUAAAGAUUCUACCCCGACAAUCGGGGUGCCCACCCUCUCCAUAGUGGCCUCCACAGCAAGUUCAGUAGCUCUGAUCCUUCUCUUAGUUGUGUUGUUUGUUUUGCUGCAGCCAAAGCUAAAGUCUUUUCAUCACAGCAGACGUGAUCAAGGUGUAUCUGGGGAUCAGGUCUCCAUGAUGGUGGAUGGUGUCCAGGUGGCCUUGCCGUCCUAUGAAGAAGCAGUGUAUGGCAGCGCAGGGAACUGCAUUCCGCCCUCGGAUUCGCGGGUACAGAUUGUGCUGUCAGAGGGAGCCGGGCAGACUGGAACAAGCGAGAUGCAGCAGCAACAGCAGCAGGACCUAGGGGCUCGUGACUGCUUUGUUGGCGAGGAUGAGACCCCAGGACACUCUGGACUGUGUGAAGCCAGUGGCUCCCAGCGCUCUGAAACUGUUCUCGUGCACCAGGCCACCACGUCUUCCUGGGUAGCUGGCAUGGCUAGCAGCAGACCGGUGCACAGAGAUGCUCAAGACUCAGAAAGCAGUGAUAUACAAAGCCUUUUAUCACUCACUUCCUCUGAGGAGUACACAGACGAUAUUCCAUUGUUGAAGGAAGCAUGAGACCUGCUGCACUUGUUUAGCCUUCUCCCUCUUGAUUUCUCCUCUUCUUCCUUGGGCUGCAAGCGUUCUGUGCAGCCUUCCCCACCUUCACCAGCUGGGCCCUGGAUACCUCCAAGCAGAGAACCUUCAGCUGAAGAUCUAAGGGAUGUCACCAGGUUGUCUCCUCCUUGCACCGGUUGGGUUGGUGUGGUGUCAGCCUCCCCAUCCCAUUUGCAUUAGGGGCUUGAGUAAUGUAAUGGGUUUGAGCUCCUCCCUCUUCUUCCCUCCCUGUGCCAGAUGUUUGACAGCAGCUGCUGGAGAGCUGCUAUUUACUUGUGCCUUUCUCCUCACACCGGCUUGUUGCAGCUUCUCACAGGCCUCACUAGCUCUUUAGCAGCCCGGAGAGCAGGGGCCAAGAACUGCUUGCUCAUUGGGUGCAGACAUCGCUUAUGUUAAAGGCCUUUCUUCCAGUAUCCUCUCGGCGUCUAGGGCAGGACAGCACUCCCAAGAGGGCCAGACCUGGUCUUGGGGAGAAGUUCCGAUAUGGGUGAUUUACACUAUCCAGCAGUGCUCAUAGUUUUUAAAAUAAAGUGGUAUGUUCUGUAAUUUAGUUGCAUAUUAACAGUUCGGCAUCAAUGACUAUUGUAAAGGCAGAGAAGUCUUGACAUCUUCCACAAGAUUUUUGGAAACACUUGAAGAUUGUUUCUUCCUUCUCUUUUCUUUCUUUGUUGUCCCCCAUCUCCCUCGCCCCCCUCCCCCAAAUUUACAUACACCCUUGAUAUAGGAGAGUGAUGGUCCCUCUGCAAGAUUCCACUCCAGAAAAUCCCACUGUCGUACUUUCAUUGGCCUCACAAUCUACUUUGUUUUCUGAAGCCUGGGUCUGGGGCUACUCUGAGAAAUGUUAGUACUUCCUCCCAGUGCUGCUCUAGCACAGUCCUGAUGCUAGACUCUAGGAGAAUUUCUGAAAAAAAGCUAGCUGUAGACAAGGCCUAGAAGCAAGAAGACUCGUGGUACAACCCUGAGUACCUGAUCUCCAGUUAAAAGGCCUGUGUUAGCUGCAGGUUAGUCACGUUGCCCUGACAGUGUGCCAGGAUUAUGCCCAGUGUAUCCAAAGGCCUGCCCUUUUGCAGGUAUCAGGUGACUGACAUUUUUUAAAAAAAAUUAUGGCUAUUCCGCAGGACUGCUUGGGUUUGCCAGACACCAGCAACUUUAACUUGGACAGUAAAAAUGGACAUGUAAUUUAGACACAUUGUCCCUUUCUCUCUCUGUGUUCCAGGAUCAUUAGGUCUUUUUGAUAUGUAAUCUGGAUUUGCUGGCCAUUACGUUUGGUCAUAAGAACAUAAUAUCUCUGGUCAGCAGAGAUAUUAACAUCGUCAGCUAAUGUUGGGGUUUGUGCUUAGCAUCCCCAAUUACCUGGCAAGAGAUACCAUAACACAAAGUACUCAAGUACUGAAUAG